AUGUCAGGUGACAAGGCACCAGCAAAGUCUCUCCUGAAUGAACUUAGUCAAUCAAAAAUCAAUAUUUAUUUACCUAAUGGUGAACGAGCAUUGAGAAGGGUUGGAGGAACAUGCAAGAAAGAGGCACAUUUGGCACUCAUCAGAACAAAACAUAUGGUACACAUCGCUCUAGAUUUGGUGCCAGUUUCCUCCUAUUCAAAACGAUUAUAUCUAGACGGUCAACAGACUAUUCAAGACGCUGGACUUGUACGUGAUGCCAGUCUAGCAGUUGAAGGGCAGGAAUCAGAGAACUGA